UAUUAUAGUAGCCAUGAAAGUUAAAACAAAUGCCUAUCACAACAAAACUCUUAAAAGCUGAUGAGUUCUGCAUAUUUUUUGAUAAGAGAACUUUAUAAAUAGUUACAGCAGAGUUUUUCCAAAUAUUGUUUUCUAUUAAGAACAUGAAUCCCAGUCAGUAUAGAAGCACCACACUAUUUAAAUUAUCUAGAAAAGAAAGUGAGGAGAAUAACCGCAAAGAUGAAGAAAACAUCCAACAGGAACAGGAAAUGGACCCCGAAGAUGCCAUAAAUAUUUUAUGUGUCAUACACAAAAAUGGUAAGGUUGGGUCAGCUUUCUAUAACUUUCAAGAAAAAUUGUUAUAUGUUCACGAAGAAAUGGUUGAUAUUGGUCCACAAUUCUUGGGUACAUCCAGCCUUUUUCGAGAAGUCAAACCUAAAUACGUCUUAAGUUUCGGUAACACUGCUGACAACUUCAUCAAAGUGUUAAUCGAUACGAUAACUACAGGCGGUGAAUUCACCGUAACUUCGGACAGUAUAAGAUCCUUGCCGGAGAAUUUCUUCUUGUUACCGAGCAAAGAGUACAGUAAGCCAAAUACCGUUUCACCUUUACAUCAAAGAAAACGCAUAUUGUGUGAUAUUAUUUCAGCUUAUGAAAUAUGUAAAGCCGUUAUUUCCCAACUGAACCUAGCGUCUAACGCUGACGAGCCCUCUGAGGUAAAACGAGAGGUCUACAUCCAUUCUUUGAUCAAUUUCGAACAUCGUCUCUCUAUACAGGCCGUAGGAACGCUUAUUAAAUACUUGGACAAGAACUGGGCCUUUUUCAACAUAGACAAAGAGGAUUUGCAGUACUUACACAUAAACCAAGUGACGAGGAAAGAUCACAUUUUGGUAGACGCAGCGAGCUUCAAUGCGCUUCACAUUUUCGCUCAGAGAGGCCACGAUGCUAGUUUCAAACGAGGUCUGCAGUCUAGUAGUAGGGAAGGACUGAGCGUUUUUAGGUUGUUUUCCGCCAAUUGUCAGAGCAAAAUAGGGCAAGUUACCUUAAAGAGCAUCCUUUUAAGUCCUAUAAAAAACGUGGAUGAACUCAACAAACGUUUGGACUUUAUUAAUUUUGUCCUCCAACCUGGAAAUAAAGACUUCGUUGAGAGUUUGCAGGAAAACAUCAAACAGCUGAGCAGUGAUAUUAACAUGAUUUUGACACGAAUUCAGAACUCCAGGGCUAACAAUAGGGAGUGGCAGGUCUUAUAUAAGGCGAUUUAUCAUACUAUUUUUAUUAACAAUCUCAGCAGACCCUAUAGAGAAAAGUCAGAAUUGCUGGUGGAAUUACAUAAUGCUGUAUCUCCUGAUCUGUUAGGGCUUGAACAGUCCAUAGAAAAUGGUCUAGACUUCAAUGCCGGUGAGAAGAGAGGUCGGCCCAUUGUUCGAUUCGGGCUGGAUGAAAAUUUAGACGCCAAGAAACUACGCCAACAAGACAUCGCUAAAGACGUAACAGCCGCGGCUAGAUUCGCAGCCAACGAGUUACCGGAUUUUAUAAACGAGUGUGCGGUUGUUUACUUACCCGAAAUGGGCCAUUUAAUAGCCAUAAAAGAAUGGGAACCGAACUGUAACCCGGAACAGUUGCAUGAUCUUGGGUUCCAGUUCAUGUUCACCUUGAGAGAUACAAUUCACUAUAAAAAUCCUUUAUGCGUUGAGCUGGAUAAACGGUUAGGAGAUAUAAACGCAGAAAUUAUAGAUCACGAAAAUAGAAUCUUGAGGAGGUUGUCCGGGUUCAUUUUGAAGUACAAUAAAGAUAUUAGGGAGCCUCUCAAAAUAAUAGGUUUAAUGGAUUGUCUAAUAUCGAUGGCAAUCGUGGCGGCACAGAACGCAUACAUUCGUCCUAAACUGAACAACGAAAGCACCUUCGAGAUAGAAAACUGCAGGCACCUUCUUAUGGAACACAUGAUUGUCCAGUUCCAGCAGAACAGCUUCUACUCCGGUGGUAAGCAUAGCCGCAUGAAGAUCAUCACGGGCCCAAACGGCAGCGGGAAGACCAUGUACCUUAAGCAGAUCGCCUUGAUUGUUUUUUUGGCCCAUGUCGGGUCGUACUUGCCGGCUAAAAACGCUAACAUCGGCCUCGUGCACAGUAUUCACUCUAGGAUGCAGGCCACUGAGUCUGCCGCUGUUAGAUUAUCAGCGUUUAUGAUCGACGUUAGCCAGAUAACCCAAGCUUUGAAUACCGCAAGGUCUUCGUCUCUCAUUUUGAUGGACGAAUUCGGCAGGGGAACCGCGGAAGAGGAGGGUAUUUCUCUUCUCGUGGGGGCGAUGAAAAAAUUUCUGGAAAGGAAAGAGGCUUGUCCCCAUGUGGUGGUGUCGACUCAUUUUCAGCAAAUCGUUAGCCAUAUGCCUGAGACGAGUUUAGUGCAGUAUCUGAAGAUGGACCACGCCAAGGAAGAGAAGAAUUUGUGCUUUUUGUACAAAGUAACGGAAGGAAUUUCAAGCAGUUUUGCCUUCGACAUAUCGGAAAGCAUAGGCUUUGACAAAGACGUGCUGGUCCGAGCUAGAGAAAUAGUAGAGUGUCUGAAAAAGAACGAACCAAUUCACCCACUGGACCAAAACCUGAAAAAAACUUGUAAGGUCGAAAACUUGGCGGAACUAGACAUUCCUCAACCAGAUGAAAAUUAACAUUCUCCACGCAUUUUUUUUUU